UUAUUAAGCUACUCCGGUAAUUUCUUGAGCCAGCAAACGCAGUUGAUCCCCAUGGCCAGAACCCUCCUUAACAAACCGGGUUUUCACUACCUCCUGACCCGAUUCACAUCCUCACGUCGGUCACUGCAAACCCUAGCCUACGAAGAAGUCCGAGCUACCACCACCACACCCUACCACUCCACCGCUUUUGUACUCCACGGCCUUCUCGGCUCCGCCAGAAACUGGAGAUCUUUCUCCCGCGCCCUCCUCUCCAAUCUCUCCGAUCCAUCUGGAUGGAGAAUGGUGCUUGUGGAUUUAAGGAACCAUGGGAAAUCAGCUGAUAUUGAAGGUCUGAACCCACCUCAUGAUUUGGUCAAUGCAGCCCAAGAUUUGGCUAAUUUGAUCAAGUCUGAGAAUUGGGCUUGGCCCGAUGUUGUUCUUGGUCACUCCAUGGGUGGUAAGGUGGCUCUGCAAUUUGCUCAGAGCUGUGCUCGUGGCCACUAUGGUGAUUACGCUAAGUUGCCAAAACAGCUGUGGGUAUUGGAUUCUGUUCCAGGAGAAGUGAACCCUAUACACAGUAAUGGGGACGUUGAGAGAGUUUUGAAGACAUUGCAGGGUCUACCUUCAGCAGUUCCAUCACGAAAGUGGCUUGUAAAUCAUAUGAUUGAACUUGGGUUCUCAAAAUCAUUGUCAGAAUGGAUAGGCACCAACCUCAAGAAAGUUGGAGAUCAUGAGACAUGGUCAUUCAAUCUUGAUGGUGCUGUGGAGAUGUUCAAAUCUUACGGGGAGAAGUCUUACAUGCCUCUGUUGGAGCAUCCCCCAAAAGAUAUGGAAAUAGCUAUUGUGCGUGCUGAGAACAGUGACCGUUGGGACCCAGAUGUGAUUCAGCAGCUUGAAAGCCUCGCUAGUCGGGAAAGAGAUGGGUCGGAGGGGAAGGUUUCACUUAAUGUUCUUCCCAAGUCAGGCCAUUGGGUUCACGUGGAUAAUCCAAAAGGUCUUCUCGAGAUUGUGGCACCUAAGAUUUCAACGCUUUCUACUUAGCCCUAGUCAGGUUUAUAAGUUAUCUGCCACAAAAGAUGUAUUGUGGAUUAGCAAUAUCUUUCUUAUCAUUUUUGCUGGCACCCAGCAACUUCAUGGAAUGAAUGAGGCUGUGCUAAUAAUAUUGAUACUGGAAUUCUAGCAUUGUAUGUAUAAUCUUGAUAAUUGCAAAAUUCUUGCUUGUAGCCUUACAAAUCUAUGGUUUCAUGAUUUCAGAGCUAUUUUUCCUGUUAA